AUGCGGAUACAUGUAGAUGUUAACAACACGUUGCAAGGUCACAAAUUGCUUUUGCUAUGCCCUUGGCGGGUCCUGCCUGAGCAUCUUGACCACCUUCACAAGCGAUUUCCCGAUCUUGCCAUAGAAUCUCGCCGGCAGUCGUGGAAUAGUGUGCUUGACUGUGACGACAAUCCAGAGCAGCUAUGGAAGGAUGUGACAAUCCUGGUCACAUGCAGCGCACUGCCCAGUGCCGAACAAGCCCCCAGGUUGGAAUAUGUUCAACUCUUGACGGCGGGCGCGGACCCGGUAUUGAGAAAGCCCAUUUUUAAACAAAAGACAAUCACCUUUUGUACUGCAAACGGAGUACACGGACCUCAGCUUUCAGAGUGGGUGGUUGCUUCAUAUCUCGCCCUGCAACACAGAUUUCCAACCUACUGGAAGCAGCAGAGCCAAGGAAGAUGGGCUAAACUCGAGGACGUGCCGGAUGACUCUGUCGGCAGGCGAAUUGGAAUCUUGGGGUAUGGUAGUAUUGGGCGACAGACAGGCCGCGUUGCCAAAGCACUAGGAAUGGAUGUGCAUGCUUACACUCUCCAUCCACGCCCGACCCCCGAGUCACGUCGCGAUAAGGGCUAUACGCCUGUUGGGCUUGGAGAUCCAGACGGCACCCUGCCAAGUAAAUGGUUUUCUGGAAGCUCGACUCAAGAGUUGCACAACUUCCUCGGCUCGGGCCUCGAUCUCUUAGUUAUAGCUACUCCUCUAACUGAAGCUACGAGGGGGCUCAUAGCCGAGGCCGAGUUCGAAAUCUUGGCCAAGAACAAGACGUUUGUUUCAAAUAUAGCUCGCGGUCCUGUUGUUAACGCUGAUGUUCUGAUUCGAUCAUUGAACAAUAAUUCAAUUAGGGGCGCGGCACUGGACGUGACAGAUCCCGAACCACUCCCAGAUGGCCAUCCACUUUGGACAGCCAAGAAUGUAAUCAUCACACCGCAUAGAGACUAA